AUAUUCUUACAAAUGAUAAUAAUUUUAUUUUUCAGCUAUCCUCAAAGAAGCAAGGCCUUAUAAUGCAUAAACAUAUGCGCAGACACAAGUUGAAAACAACAAAAGUAAUCCAAAACGACUGGAGAGAGAUCAGACCGUACCAGUGAGCUUUACAAAUAUAAUAGCUGGUACAUAGGAGAUGACUGAGGUAUCAGAAGUAUCAACAUCGUCCCCUUUGGAGCUGUUGGCUGCGGGUCGCAGACAUCUGGCUGUGAGAGACUUCAGUGCGGCAGCCAGCACCCUUGCAGAGGCCUGUGAAGGACUCGCUAAGGAACACGGAGACACUGCCGAUCAGUGCGCUGAGGCUUAUUUAUGGUAUGGUAAAGCCCUUCUUGGUUUAUCAAGAGAGGAGAGUGGAGUCCUAGGAGAUGGCAUGCCAGGGUCUGGUAAUGCUGAUGGGGAGGAAGAAGAUGAGGAAGAACAAGAAGAGAAUGGUGAAAAUGGCGAGAAUGGAGAAGCAGAGGCAGAGGUAGAUGAGACAGCAGAACCAGAGAAGGAGAAAGCAAACGGAGAAGUAGAGAAGAGUGAAGCGGAGUCCACCACUAAGGAAGAGGAGCCGGGCAGCAGCACUGCACAAGAAGAUAACGAGGAACCUGGAACAACAAACGGCGACGCACACGACGAGUCUGCAAUGAAUGUCGAUGCUGAGGAUGAUGUUGAUAACCUACAACUUGCGUGGGAAAUGCUUGACCUAGCCCGCAGCAUCCUGUACCGCCGCGUGCAGGAGGGCGGCGGCGCGGGCCGCGCGCAGCUGGCGGACGUGUACCUCGCGCUCGGCGAGGUGGCGCUCGAGAGCGAGACCUACGACAAGGCUGUCACUGACAUGCAGAGCUGUCUUGAUCUUCAGAAGGAACUUUAUCGCAGUGACGACAGGCGCAUUGCAGAGACUCAUUAUCAAAUUGGUUUGGCAAACUCCCUGGCAUCAAACUUCGAAGACGCGAUCACGCACUUCAAAAAUGCAGCAAACAUUCUAGAAACUAGAAUCAAGACACUAGAAAACCCUGCUGCCGUGACCGACGAUGCUACAGUCAAGAAAUUCACUACAGCGGACCCAUUCUACUCUGUGGAAGGAGAAAUUAAGGAGUUAAAGGAACUUCUGCCUGAAAUACAGGAGAAAAUUCAGGAUAUGAUGGACUAUAAGGCUGAGACAAUAAAACGCGUCCGCGAGACGCUCUGUUCCACGAACGGAGAAGGUUCGUCAACGUCAAACGGCGCGGGCCCUAGCUCUAGUUCCAGUUCAUCGUCAGCUCCGAAACCCGCUGCCUCCGACAUUUCUCAUCUCAUUAAAAGGAAGAGGAAGGCCAGUGAGGGCGAAGCAGAUUCUUCAGCAUCCAAGAGAGUGAACACGUGAAUACGACGAACUAACACACUUUUACUAAUCUGUAAGGGCCCCCACGCGAUUGUAAAUUAUUUAAAAAAUCGGUUCGAUUGUGAUGAAGCUUUCUUUGAGCCUGUAAGAUGAUAUUGAAAAUUGAUUUUGUUUUUUCAUAAAUCUGGUCAAUAAAUAAUUCGUAAUUAUGAUGUUAUUAUGUAAUACAACCCGUCCCUUUGUUAUAAUGUAAUGUCACAAACAUUCGUAUGUAUAUCGAAUUUUAUGAUACCUUUAUUGCAAUUUAUUCGUCGUAUAAGGCCAGUCAUUGUCACUAAUGGCUUACAGAAAUGACCAUAAGUACUUCCAUUCGUUAUUAAAUCAUUAUAACAAUACAUUUUUCGUAAAAAAUUGUCUUUCAAGCUCAAAGAUUAUUAAAAUUAAGAGUAAAUUAUUUCAAUUACCCCUAGGUACGCGUUGGGGCCUGAGCAUAUAAUAUUGUGUACAAAGUGGUCAAAAUGUUAAUGAGAAUCUAAUUUCUAAGUGUACUGAUUAUUGUUAUGUAUACAUUUUGUGGAGUCCUUGUGUUUGUCAGAAAAUUAUUAUUACUAUUUGAAGAGGCAUAUUCUUGUCCCAAAAAAAUAAGGUGAAAAUUCCAGUGAGAUUUACCAGAAUGAUUUUGAGGCUUCUUUUAGAGACCCAAAAAGGUCUUUCAAAAUCCUUCAGGUCGUCAUCAGUGUCUUUCUCAUUACAAAUAAAAAAAGUCUUUGGAAAAUGCUGAGAUCUUUCGUAUGCAAAAGAUGAGAUAUAAAAAAAUAUCGUAGCCUAUAUUUGCGUUAUGUUAUUUCCUAUAGAACAGAUCAUUCGAUUUAAUAUUUCAUUUUAUGUUGUUUCUACACGCGAAGCAUUGCUUCUAGAAUGGGGACUACGUAAAUCGAGAGUUAAAAAGAGAUUUCACAUGCAUAUUUAGUAGCUAACCACUUAGUUGGCAUCGAAAAGUUUAAAAUAUCCUUGUUCCUUUGAACGAAGACCUUUUGUAAAAGCUAGUCCACGAACUCAAACAUCUCAGCUGCAAAAACUUCGGUAGCUCUGAUGAAAAAUUUACUUUUGGUAGAUAAGUUUGUCCAAAGAGUAUUUUGUAAUUUUUAUUGUCUCAAUGCUCUUUGCUGACCUCACCUUCAAAAUAGGUACUGAAAUUUAUCUUUUGCAGCACAAGACGUUUUCUAGAAAUUCACAAUAAUUAUGUUGAUUGGAUUCGAUAAGCUUGACGUCAAUAAAAGGAUAAAUAUUGGAUGGUUUAAGAUAGAAAGUGCUUAUCAAGCUUCUUAAAAUAAAAUGAAUUCCGGUAUUUCGAUAGUAGUAGGUAGGUAUUGUAAGGUAAGUAAGAUAGCUUGUCGUAAAUAAAAUAAUAUAAGCAACAUGUUGUAAUAUCGUCAUUUCAGACCUUGUUUUACAAUUAAAUAUUAAUUUUCAUAGA